AAAGAAAUUAUAACUACAAACUCUUCUGUUUAUUAUUAUUAUUAUAGUUAGCUUUUUAAUAUAAAACGGAUAUUAGAAUUUUGUAACAAAGAAAUCGGCGGGAGUCGUGUGCUUUAGCCCAAAAACAUUGGCCUCGUUGUCCAACGUGUGUAUUUGGAGGAAAACAUCAUUAGAGGGCCACAUAUACAUCUCUCUAAUUACACUUUACGAAUAUUAAACACAUUUAAUUGUACUUAAUCCUCGGCAUAACACUUGUCCAUUAAGUCACCAUGUACUUGCUAUAAAUAUGGUCAAGUCCAGUCCAUAAUAUAUGCAUCUCUGAUCUUUCUUGGUGAGAGUAAUAGACAUGGGAGCUCUUGAUUCUCUUUCCGAGUAUAUCUCCGACUACUUCCGCGUCACCAGAAAAAGGAGGAAGCGGAAAGUCAUGCAGACGGUGAAUAUAAAGGUGAAAAUGGACUGCGAUGGUUGUGAACGCAGAGUCAAGAACGCGGUUUCCUCCAUGAAAGGUGUGAAAUCGGUGGAGGUGAAUAGAAAGAUACAUAAAGUGACGGUGAGUGGAUACGUGGAACCAAAGAAGGUAUUAAAGAGAAUCGAAAGGACAGGGAAAAAAGCGGAGAUAUGGCCGUACGUUCCUUACAACAUGGUCGCAUAUCCAUACGCGGUCGGAACUUACGACAAAAAAGCUCCGGCCGGUUAUGUCAGGAAAUCUGAGCAGUCGCAGUUGCAGCUGUUGCCGGGAGCUCCCGAGAACCACUACAUUUCUCUUUUUAGCGACGAGAAUCCCAACGCUUGCACCGUUAUGUAAUAAAUAAUUUACUCUAGUAGUAUUAUCCACAGCAUGUAACGUUUUUAUCAAGCAAUUGGCUCUCUCUCUCUCUCUCUUUUUGUUAUGUUAAUGCAGAGAGGAAGAACCAACUAUAGCUAGUUGUGUAAAAAUUUCAAUAUUUCAAAAUAAGUUAGUGGAAUGUGUAUAAUCAAUGUGUUUAAUAUCAAAGUAUUUUCGGGUGAUUUAUGUUUUUAUUUACGAUUA